GUCUCCCCCCAACUCUAUAUCACUGACUCAGUCACUGGGAUCCAUCCCUUGUAUCCACAGAUGGACCUUUGGAAAGUGGACAGUCCAUUUGUUGUGUCAUUUUUCCUACUAAUGUAAUAUUUUAUACACAACAGCAGCUUCAAUCCAGGAUAAUAAGAUGCGUCUCUUUUCGCUUCUGCCGUGCCUGUUUUUAGCAGCGUUUUUGAAAUGUGUUUCAGCUUGUGGAAGUGAAUGGUGUUACACUGGCUGCCCCACCGCACCAUCAGAAUGGCACAGCAUCUCCGGCUCUUUCUGUGGGAAUAAAAGGCAGUCUCCUAUUAAUAUAACCUGCAUCAAUGUGAAGAAAGACGAUCACCUGGGGAACUUUACAUUUGUUAAUUUUACCUCUAAGCACGUCAUAACGAAACUCACAAACACCGGGCAUACAGUGAAGUACCACCUGAUGGAGAAUGAGGUGGAAGUGAGUGGAGGUGGACUCAAUGGGACGUACACCUCUCUCCAGUUUCACUUCCAUUGGGGGUACUCUGACCACCACCAAGGUUCAGAGCAUCUGAUUAAUGGACAUAGAUAUCCAAUGGAGGUUCAUAUUGUCAGUCUGAAGAAGGGCAAAAAUGUGACGCAGGCUGUAGCGGAUUCGGAAGGAAUAGCUGCACUGGGAUUUUUCAUAGAUGUGACUGAUGAUGAAGAUAUGUCAGGACCAUGGGACAACCUUACGUCAUACAUCACGUGUGAAAAAGAUUCUGAUGUUAACAUAACAGCUCCCAUCUCUAUCCAUGACCUGAUUGGAAAUGUAGACCUCACCAAAUACUUUCGGUACAUGGGCUCUUUAACUACCCCCUUAUGUAAUGAAGCCGUCGUCUGGACAGUCUUUGAAGAACCAAUCAAAAUCAGCAAAAAACUGAUCGAGCGAUUUCCCACAAAGACAGGAUACACCAGUGUGUACCGUCCUCCUCAACCCCUCAAUGGACGUACAGUGUAUGCCUCCCCUGCAGUCCACAUAGAUUGUGAUUGGUGCUAUGAUAACCACUGUGAAUUUAGCCCGACUCAUUGGCACAUGCUGCCUGGUUCGUUCUGUGAUGGCAAUAGACAGUCGCCUGUCGAUAUUGUCACAAAAAACACCGUGGAGAACAAAGAUCUGGGCGACUUCGUUUACACAAAGUUUGACGACAAACAUGUCAUCAAGUACAUCAUCAACACAGGCCAUGCAGUGAAAUGUGUGCUAAAAGAAGACAUGGUGGAGGUGUCAGAGGGAGGUCUGGGACACAACUACUCCACACUUCAGUUCCACUUCCACUGGGGCACCACAUCAGAUAACUCCACGGGUUCGGAGCAUACAGUGGAUUCCAAAAGAUAUCAAAUGGAGAUGCAUAUUGUGAACAAGAGGAAGGAUUUAACCCUGGAAGAAGCAGUAAAGACACCAAACGGCCUGGCAGUGCUUGCUUUCUUCAUGGAGGCUGCCGAGUCUCACAAAAGCAAGGGACGCUCAGGUGACAGUGAAGAGACAAGUCACACAUCUGAUGAAGAUCCAUGGAAAAAACUGACAAGCUACCUGCCAGCCAUUCAGAACAUCAGUUCUCACGUUGAGGUCAAAAAGGAAAUCUCCAUUGACGACCUGCUUGGCGAUGUGAACCGCCAUGAGUACUACCGCUAUAACGGCUCCUUAACCACACCAUCUUGUAAUGAAGCUGUGGUGUGGACGGUCUUUAAAGAGCCUGUCAAGGUGGAUCCCAGCCUGAUGAAGAUGUUCCCUGCUCAGGCUGGAUAUUCUGACGCCUUUCGCCCGCUGCAGAGUCAUAACAGUCGGAAAAUCUACAAAACAUCAGCUGCUCCUGCUCCUGGACCAGCAAUACUGGUUCUGCUGCUCGCCUUUUACUGCAGCUUUUCAGCAAACUUCCACCUCUAAGAAGAUUGCUUAGUUUAAAUACUGUGAAGUCUGUGUCUUGCACUUUAUCAUCAUUUAAUGCUAUACAAUAAUUACAGAAAAUCCUAAAAGCUGAGAUUGCAAUAACUAAGACUGCCUCAUCUGCAGGUGUAGGUAAACUGAAUCAUGUGACAGACCAUGUAUGAUAUCAAAUAAAAUGAUGAGCUAAAUUUUAUUAAUGUUGUUGCAUGCUGCUGAGAAACAAUCUCUAAACAUGAAUGUGAUUUUUUUUUGUCAUGCUGGAGUCUAUAAGAUAUAUAAAGUUUGAAGACAUCCUCAGUGAAAAGAUCAACUUCAGAAUCUGUUAAUGCAUUCACUGUUGUGAUCUUUAUAAUUUUUAUUUAUUUUAAGAGGUACUUUUGGAAAGUGAAGUCUUUGUAAUGAUUGUGUCACCUGCUGUGCCACUUCCUGUUGCCCUGGGUGCACAUACAUGACGGGUGCACACACACUGUUCUCAGGGGUUACUAAGUAGUAUUAUUUGUCAUGUGAAUAUGUGGGCGUGAACACAGGUUGCUGGGGUUACCGUCUGUAUGCUGUUGUUAUAACCAUCCUCAAAACUUAUUUCACACUUUCAGACCUGUUAGACAUCCAUGCAGUUUAGAAACAAUGAAAUAAACCUGUAGUGUGUUAGUGCGCUGUGUUUGUCGUAUGAUGAUGGACGUGAUUUAACGACUUAUGAAAAACUUAUUAAAUGCUUUGUUGGUUUCUCACAUCUGUAGGCUUUUUAUCCUGUAAAUUAAAUUACUAUUUUAGGACAAUAAAUAAAAGAACUUUAACUUAA